AGUGUGCCGGUGAUUACUUUAUGUGUGCAUUUGUGUGUGUGUGUUCACACGCAACAUGUUUGUGUAGAGUUAAAGGAAGUGAAUGUUGUACGCAUGAGCUUUUGUUAGCGUGUGCUUUUUAAAGCAAUAUGUUUGUUGAAGGGUCACGGCGUAUGGAGUGUGUGCGUGAGAACGAGAGAUGAAACGCGUGUUUGUGUGUGUGUGUUUGCGAGAGCGAAAGAGAAAGAAAGAGAGAUGGGGGAGUGCGAGGAAGGGAGGGGAGAGACACAGAAAGAAAGAAAGAAAAAGAAAGAGAAUGGAAGAAAUAGGUUUGUGUGUGUGUGUGUGUGGAUGUGUGAGAGAGAGGCAGGCACAGUCAGUUCUGAUAACAGCAACAGUAGGAGGAGGAUGAGCUUGGCUCCGCCCCCUCCCCUCUCUCAGUUAUAAAUAGGAGCUGGUGUUUUUUGCUCCUCUCACUUCUCUUGAAGGAUGAGAUCCCUGAAACAUCUGAAACAUCACACCAGGAGUAAUGUGGAAGAGCAGGAGGUUCCUCUGGUCCGCUGCUAUUCUAAAGUGAUGGAGCAUGCAGUGAAUGCCGGCACACAGACCGACCCCGUGGUGGUCCUGUCUUUGGCCCAGGCUGCUGUGCUUGGUCUCAUAUCUCAGAAUGAAAUCUUUGGAGCCACCAUCGCCCCGAACGGUUUCUACUCGGGAGAAGGGCGUGAUGGCCCCCCUCCCCCUGGGGAAGCCAUGGAGUAUGAAUAUGCAGAUCAGCUAAUUGGAGCCAACGGAGACUAUUUGUCCGACUCUCACGGGGAGCACAGGAGGUCAGAAGGACUUCGCGGGGCAGAACGUAGGCGCCCGGGUCCCCGUGGGAGAACCAAGAGGCCGCUGAACGAAGGAGAACUAGAAGAGUCCACAGUGGGGUCUCUGGACACACUAAAUCAGGUGAAAGGAGAGAGACCUGAGUUUUCAAGCACCUGUUAUCUCUCAAAUUCACAGCAAACAGACGAGCCAGAGGUAUUGGACCUAGCACCUAACAGAGUGGCGAUGAAAGAGGAGAACUGCAACAAAGGCUACCCGGAUUCCUCAAGGGAAUCAAGCAGCCAAAAUGUUGACGCCAACUCUGAAGCUAACACUAAGGCCCAGCCAAGUGCUGUUGGGCCUGCAAAGGCACCGGCGGUGUCCUCUGAGGAAGAGCGAGGAAAAGAGGAGGAACAUGACGAUGUGGAAGAACGAGCGCUAAAUCUAAAAACAUCAGAAGAAGAUGUGACACCAGUAAUGAGACGCUACUACGAGUCCAGUGUUAUCGGAUACGAUGCUGCUGAGAUGAACCUGGCUGGGGAUUAUGAAGAGGGGAGCCAGCCCAUGGCAUGGGCGGAUGGCGAGAACUCUUUGGGUAGACGAAUGCAAAUCGAUCGGCUGGAUAUCAACGUGCAGAUCGACGAGUCGUACUGUGUGGAUGUGGGAGAAGGCCUAAAGCGCUGGAAGUGCCGCAUGUGCGAGAAGUCCUACACCUCUAAAUACAACCUGGUCACGCACAUCCUCGGCCACAACGGCAUCAAACCCCACGAGUGUGUGCACUGUGGAAAGCUCUUCAAGCAGCCCAGCCACCUGCAGACGCAUCUGCUGACGCACCAGGGCACGCGGCCACACAAGUGCACAGUCUGCAAAAAGGCCUUUACGCAGACCAGCCAUCUCAAGCGGCACAUGCUGCAACACAGCGACGUCAAGCCCUACAGUUGCCGCUUCUGCGGCCGGGGCUUCGCCUACCCCAGCGAACUGCGAACCCACGAGACCAAGCACGAGAACGGUCACUGUCACGUCUGUACGCAGUGCGGUUUGGAGUUUCCCACUCAUGCACACCUCAAACGGCACCAGGUCAGCCAUCAGGGCCCGACCACCUUCCAGUGCAGCGAAUGCCACAAGUCCUUCGCCUACCGUAGCCAACUUCAGAACCACCUGAUGAAGCACCAGAACGUCAGGCCAUACGUCUGCUCCGAGUGUGGCAUGGAGUUCGUGCAGAUCCACCACCUGAAGCAGCACAUGCUAACACACAAGGUACUGACACCGCAGGCCCUCGAACACAAGGGUAUGAAGGAAUACAAAUGCGACGUGUGUUCCCGUGAAUUCACCCUAUCCGCCAACCUGAAGCGGCACAUGCUGAUCCACACCAGCGUGCGGCCCUUCCAGUGCCACGUCUGCUUCAAAACCUUCGUCCAGAAACAGACGCUCAAAACCCACAUGAUCGUACACCUGCCCGUCAAACCGUUUAAGUGCAAGGUGUGCGGGAAGUCCUUCAACAGAAUGUAUAACCUGCUGGGACACAUGCACCUUCACGCCGGCAGCAAACCCUUCAAGUGUCCUUACUGCACCAGCAAGUUCAAUUUGAAGGGCAACCUCAGUCGGCACAUGAAGGUGAAACAUGGGAUCCUGGACACAUCAUCUGAAGGACAAGAAGCUCUUCCUGACACAGAGGGUCACGAAGAUUAUGAAGAGGAGAGCUUCGAUUACAGCGAAAGGGAAAAUCUAGCCAGCAACAACAGCACAACGACACAAGACAUGGCCAAACUCGCCAAAAUGGGUUACUACAACUACACAAAGGUUGCUGCUCGCUACAAUACGACUUAACGGGCCGACUGUGGUUUAAAGAAAAAACCCUAAUAGUCAUUUCUGGUUCAUGAGUCAUGGGGAAAUAGCCAUCAUGUGGACGUGCACUGGAAGCCAUCUUGGCUCUGAAACAAAAGUGAUGGACUAAAGCUUGACUUUAACAGGUGUAAUUUGACAUUAAGGCUCAUUGUGAAGAAUAUAGGACAGUGAUGGGUACUGUUCAUUUUGAGACAGAUGUUCUUUUACUGCCGUCACAGAGUGCAGAUGAAUAUCAUUUCUGAACCAGUGCAAAGGUGAAAUGAUAUAGGCACUUAAUCCAUACAGACAAUCCACUGCUUUAUACAUGAUGACGUGACCUUUGCCGUUUUAGGACAUUGAUCUUGUUGGUGAUUUUACUGUGCAGCCAGUUAGAAACCAUUGUAUAGGGUUUAACCAAAGCUGACAAAGUGCAAAUACAGUAGUUCUCAUUACAUUUUAACAUCAUUACAACAUUUAUUUUUAAAACACACUGUGACUAUGUUCCUCCUCUGCAAGUUGUGGUUUUCGAUGUAUGUGUUGGUAGUAACUCACAGUGAGUUUUUUUUUCAGUGCCUGGGGUUACUUUUAUUUUUUAUGUUGAACAUGGGCCAGUCCAUGACAUCACUUUUUUAUUUUUUUACAAAUCGUAUUUAUUGUUCAAUGGUAUUCACAAAUGUAAAUACAUCUAAGACCCAGUGUUCCAGGUGGGCAGAUGUGAAAAAUUACUGCAGCGUGUUUUUUGGGGGGGCAUAACUGCAUUAUUUUCCUAAGUGCAUUGUUUGGUUAUUCUUUAAAAUGCUAAAAUCUCUAAAUAAUAUUUCGUUUUCAUCUUUAAUUUAAUAAUACAAACUCAAGAUAUUUCCCAUUAAAAAUUCACUAUUUCAGAGCCAUACAUCACCAACCGUGUUAUACAUUUCAUUAAAAUAUCAUCUGGUUAUUUCAGACAUCACAUUAAUUUGUAGUCUGCGUUUUACAGCUUUUAACCAUGUUCUUGUUCGACUAUACUUGUUAACUUUGUGUGUAAAAUCCAUUUAAAUUUCACAAUGUGGGUACCUCGGUUUCUCUUGGUGUGACAUCCAUUUUAAUCCCACCGACAUAAAACCUUUGUAACAUCUACUGUAUCUUUCCCAAAGUCACUAGUACUAGCUGAAUUUUGAAGAGAAUGUGCGAAAAGACACUGGCCAAAAAUAUUAACUGCCCUUAUGUGUGCAAGAGAGCGUCUCAUCCAUCAUUCCAGCAGAGAGCUCAGAAGUGAUGAACGACACUCUGCCGACAUGUGACAGGGCUCGAGCCCCAGCAGAGAAUGAUUGGGGAAAUUCACUGUGUAUUCUCUAUUUUUCUCUCUCUGCUUAGCUUCACGCUGACAGUACCGACUAGCUAGACAAUGCAAAAUGUUAAUGUGUAACACAGAAGAUUGGGUGAAUUUGCUGUUUCUGAGUGGUUUUGUCCUUGCAUUUUGGGCUGAGAUAGGCAGGAGUUUAGUUUUGUAUAAGCUUUGAUUUUUUGCUGCACACAGAUGUGAAUAUAAUGCUGAUAAAUGUUGAAUGUUGUGCUAUGGACAUAUAAAUGAAUACAUUUAUUUACCUUUAAAAUGGUGGAUUUUUUUCUUUGAUAAACAAGCACAUGACCAGGUAUUCGGGUGACAAAAGAGAUUUAUUAGAGGGUUUCUCAAAUGGCCCUCGAAUGUUCUUUUCUUCCUGUGGUAUUGUACAGUUUCGGACAUACAGUACUUCAUCUUACAAAAAUAGAACCCUGAAGGUGGGGAGAGAUGGAGGACCCCAUUAGCAGGAUUAGCUAACAGCACAGCUAUGAACAUCACUAUGUUUUUAGAACUCAUAACAUUUGUAGUCAUGACCUUUUUUAAGUUAAAAAUGAGGUACAAAAA